AUGUUACCACAUAUCGGCCAGUCAUGACAUUGAAGGACAGACCAGGAAGUGUAUUCACCACUUUUUCUUUCAGACUGUGCAUGAAUAACACAUUAUUUAAUGACUCAUUAAGUUGGAUUGACUUUUCUGUACUGGUGGACUUAGGGUUCUCCGGCUUCCUCUCAAAGUCCAAAGACAUUCAGCUGAGGUCUCUGAGGGACGUCAAUAUGAAGGUGCCUCCCUCGUCUCUGAUCACCUUUCCUCUACUCUUGUUUCAACUCUCCGGUGCAUUUGGAGGCAAAAUCCUGGUGUUCCCAUUGGACGGUAGCCAUUGGAUAAAUAUGAAAGUACUCAUCGAGGAGCUGCAUUCAAAAGGCCACGAGGUCACUGUGAUUCGGCCGUCCGAUAGCUGGUUCGUCAAUGAAAAGUCUCCUCUCUACACUUCUGUCAAUAUUCCCAGUCCUGGUGGAUUUGAGCAAAAGUACUUUGAAGCCUUCUUGUCUCGACAGCUGGAGAUCCGUCUUCAGGGCAGACAUGCAUCUUCUUGGUCUAAACUCUGGUCACGUAUUCAGAUUGAGCUGCUGGUUGUGAACCAUUUCUCUCUGCUCCACAAGGCAAUGAGUGAAAUUGUCGUUCAGAUGUUUGAAGAUGAAAAACUGAUGCAAUCUUUCCAUGAAGCCAAAUAUGAUGUGGUUUUGACUGACCCUGGUGUCGGUGUCGGGGCAAUGCUGGCACGUCGGCUCCAAGUUCCUCUUGUUUUUAAUGUCAGGUGGACCAUUCAAGGUGAAGCUCAUUUCCUUCUUGCCCCCUCGCCUUUGUCAUACAUUCCUUUCACUGCAACAGAGUUGACAGAUAAGAUGACCUUUCUACAAAGAAUAAAGAAUGUUUUGAGUUAUAAUUUAGGGAUGUACACAAUGUCAUGUAUCACAGAACCUCAUUACAAACCAGUAGUUAAAAAGUACUUUGGUCCCGAUGUGGAUUACUCAACGUUUUUUCUGGAAGCAGAUAUCUGGCUUAUGAGGAAUGAUUUUGUCUUUGAAUUUCCACGUCCAACAAUGCCAAAUAUAAUCUACAUGGGUGGAUUUCAGUGCAAACCUCCAGAGCCACUCCCUGCAGACUUGGAGAAGUUUGUCCAGAGCUCUGGAGAUCACGGGGUCAUCAUGAUGACCUUAGGAUCCAUGGUUGGGAAGCUUCCUCAAGAUAUCGCUGAGGAGAUUGCUGCAGGGUUUGCUCAGCUGCCUCAGAAGGUCGUCUGGAGGUACAUGGGACAAAGGCCAGCCAACCUGGGCAACAACACAUUAUUGGUCAACUGGCUGCCACAGAAAGACCUUUUAGGACAUGCCAAGACGCGAGUGUUUGUGGCCCAUGGCGGCACUAACGGGGUUCAGGAGGCAAUUUACCACGGAGUUCCCGUAGUUGGACUUCCUUUAUUCUUUGAUCAGCCUGAUAACCUCUCCAGAAUCAGAGCGAAGGGUGGAGCUGUGAUUGUUGAUAUUGCCGAGCUCGACAGGCACAUCUUUGCAGAUGCCCUCAAGACGGCUCUUUACAAUCCCUCUUACAAGGAAAACAUGCAAAGGCUCUCAAGGCUGAGCAGAGAUCAGCCCAUGAAACCACUGGACCAGGCGGUGUUUUGGAUAGAAUACGUCAUCAGGCAUAAAGGAGCCCGUCAUCUGCAGACUCAGUCCACCAAAAUGUCCUGGCUUGUUUACAACUGUAUUGAUGUCAUUGCUGCUUUGUUGGCAGCUGUUUUGCUUGUAACAUUCAUCUGCAUUUCACUUGUACGGUUACUGUGGAGAAUUAUUUUAGUUGGGAAAAAAGUUAAACAUGAAUGACUUGAAGAAUGAAAUGUUGGUUUUGUCUGCAAAAUAUAAAAUUGACCAUCAUUAACCCAACAGUUCUUGAAAUAAUUCUGAGGUUGGCAUUUAAAUAGUUGUAGCAUUGUCUUAAAGAUCACUCAACUGAAACAAUGAAGGGCUGAUGAAACAUGGCAAAACAGACUUUCUCCCAUGGCUGCUUUUAAUGUCUCUGGGUACAAUGUGCAUGGGAACAAGAGUAAAGGUAGAGGAUUGUUAAUCAAUGUGAAAGAGACAAUCAAAUGUAAACGACACAUGAAACAGAUCUGGAUUAAAUUAAAGAAAGAUC